CCCCACCAUUCCUUCUUUUCCUCGCCCCACCCCUUUCCCCGCUACGGGUCGCGGUUGGGGGCGUCCGGGGCGACACGGCUCCCCCUCCCCUUCUCCCUCUUCCUCCCCCCUCCUGGCCCCCUCCUCAGCGCUUCGGUCCAAGAUGGCGGCGCUGAGCAGCAGCGGCAGCGCCGAGGGGGCCUCGCUCUUCAACGGGGACAUGGAGCCUGAGCCGCCUCCGCCCGGGGCCUGCUACGCGGGGGGCAGCGGCAGCGCCGGGGGAGACUCCGCCAUUCCUGAGGAGGUAUGGAAUAUCAAACAGAUGAUUAAAUUAACACAAGAACACAUAGAGGCCCUGCUGGACAAGUUUGGGGGAGAGCACAAUCCACCAUCCAUAUAUUUGGAGGCCUAUGAGGAAUACACCAGCAAGUUAGAUGCACUGCAGCAGAGGGAGCAGCAGCUAUUGGAAUCCAUGGGGAAUGGAACUGAUUUCUCUGUCUCCAGUUCUGCUUCAACAGACACGGUUACGUCAUCAUCAUCCUCUAGUCUCUCUGUUGCACCUUCAUCCCUCUCAGUUUAUCAGAACCCUACAGAUUUGUCACGGAAUAACCCUAAAUCUCCACAGAAGCCUACUGUUAGAGUCUUCCUACCCAACAAACAGAGGACAGUGGUUCCAGCAAGAUGUGGAGUCACUGUCCGGGAGAGUUUAAAGAAAGCUUUGAUGAUGCGAGGUCUUAUCCCGGAAUGCUGUGCUGUUUACCGAAUACAGGAUGGGGAGAAGAAGCCAAUUGGUUGGGACACUGACAUUUCCUGGCUGACGGGAGAAGAACUGCAUGUGGAAGUUUUAGAGAAUGUGCCUCUUACAACACACAACUUUGUACGGAAAACGUUCUUCACUUUAGCGUUCUGCGACUUCUGUCGAAAGCUGCUUUUCCAGGGAUUCCGUUGUCAGACUUGUGGGUACAAAUUUCACCAGCGUUGUAGUACGGAGGUGCCAUUGAUGUGCGUGAAUUAUGAUCAGCUUGAUUUGCUGUUUGUCUCCAAGUUCUUUGAACACCACCCAAUACCACAGGAGGAGGCCUCCUUAGGAGAGACAACCAUAGCAUCUGGAUCAUACCCUUCAAUGCCCCCCUCAUAUUCACCUGGACCGCCAAUUCUCCCUAGUCCUUCUCCUUCAAAAUCCAUUCCAAUACCCCAGCCUUUCCGACCAGCAGACGAAGACCAUCGGAAUCAGUUUGGUCAACGAGAUCGUUCCUCAUCUGCGCCCAACGUGCACAUCAAUACAAUAGAGCCUGUCAACAUUGAUGACUUGAUUAGAGAUCAAGGGUUGCGAGGAGAGGGAGCCCCUAUGAACCAGCUGAUGCGCUGCCUUCGGAAAUACCAAUCCCGGACUCCCAGUCCCCUCCUCCAUUCUGUCCCCAGUGAGAUAGUGUUUGAUUUUGAGCCUGGCCCAGUGUUCAGAGGCUCAACCACGGGUUUGUCUGCCACACCACCUGCCUCCUUACCUGGCUCCCUCACCAAUGUGAAAGCAUUACAGAAAUCCCCAGGCCCUCAGCGCGAGAGGAAGUCCUCAUCGUCUUCGGAAGACCGGACCAGAAUGCAGAAAACUCUUGGUCGACGAGACUCAAGUGAUGACUGGGAGAUCCCAGACGGCCAGAUCACUGUUGGACAAAGAAUAGGCUCUGGAUCAUUUGGGACAGUCUUUAAGGGAAAAUGGCAUGGUGAUGUUGCGGUGAAAAUGUUGAAUGUUACAGCCCCCACCCCUCAGCAGCUACAGGCGUUUAAAAAUGAAGUAGGAGUGCUCAGGAAAACACGACAUGUGAAUAUAUUACUUUUCAUGGGCUAUUCAACAAAGCCACAGCUGGCUAUAGUUACGCAGUGGUGCGAGGGCUCCAGCCUUUACCACCAUCUACACAUCAUUGAGACCAAAUUUGAGAUGAUCAAGCUGAUUGAUAUUGCACGGCAGACAGCGCAAGGAAUGGAUUAUUUGCACGCCAAGUCUAUCAUCCACAGAGACCUCAAGAGUAAUAAUAUAUUUCUUCAUGAAGACCUCACAGUAAAAAUAGGUGACUUUGGUCUAGCAACAGUGAAAUCACGAUGGAGCGGGUCCCAUCAAUUCGAACAGUUGUCUGGAUCAAUUCUCUGGAUGGCACCAGAGGUAAUUAGGAUGCAGGAUAAAAACCCAUAUAGCUUCCAGUCAGAUGUAUAUGCAUUUGGGAUUGUUCUUUAUGAGCUGAUGACUGGGCAGCUACCAUAUUCUAACAUCAACAACAGGGACCAGAUCAUUUUUAUGGUGGGCCGAGGGUACCUCUCUCCAGAUCUCAGCAAAGUGCGGAGCAAUUGCCCCAAAGCCAUGAAGAGGCUAAUGGCUGAAUGCUUGAAAAAGAAGAGGGAUGAACGGCCCCUCUUCCCACAGAUCCUUGCCUCUAUUGAGCUUCUGGCCCGGUCUUUGCCAAAAAUUCACCGCAGUGCAUCUGAGCCGUCCUUGAACCGGGCUGGUUUCCAGACAGAGGAUUUUAGCCUGUAUGCUUGCGCUUCUCCAAAAACACCAAUCCAGGCAGGGGGAUACGGCGAAUUUGCAGCGUUCAAGUAGCCACAGCAACAUUGGCAGCAAAUCCACUCUCUUAUUUUUAAAGUCUUGUGUUCCUACAGUUUCUUUUUUAUAACAUCCGGACUCUGUCCUGUCCCUCCAAACAAAGCAAUUUAGAGAAAAGAGAUCCGUACACAUAAAAGAGCGGAAUGGAGCUCCCAGUCCAACUUUUGGUGGGAGGGGAAAGUCUCUUGUUAGGAACCAGAAUCUCUCUGCUGCCUGUGUGCUCACCUGCACCCUUAACGCCAUGUGCAUUCGGAGACCCCGAGUGGCUACCUGUACCUUUGGCAUCAUUCCCAGGAGAGAGGAGGGCCCACGCUUUGACUUUCUGGUGCUCUGGCAUGAUGAGACUGGAACUCCCGCUGCAUCAUAGGCUUGGGAUGGUCUGCUGGUCGGCUUUCUCCCUCUAACAACGAAUCAUCAGAGGCUGAACAUCUGAUGAGACAGAGCUAAUCAAAUCAAUCAUCCUCCGGUCUGAUUUUAUUUUGUGUGUAUGUGCGUAUGUGUGUAUUUCUCCUGGUGUCCUAACUGAUCAAUGGGAUAAAUGCAGCAUCUCUUUUCCGGCUGAAUGUGAGCAUCAGCUCUUUCAAUUUUAAAAAACAAAACAGAAAACCUUGACCAAAAUGGAGGAUAGUUGGAAGAGGGACUUUGAGAAAGACAUUUAAUUUGAAGGGAAAGGAAAUGCUGCACCUUCUCUUUCCAGAAUUGCUUUUUAUUCCCUCUCCAGAGCCACCCUUUCCCCACCCACCACCCAUCUUUCCUUUUUUUUGUACACUUUUCCAAAAGGGUUGGGAGGCUCUCUGCGUCGGUCCAGCAAAAGACAAAACAUUUUUACAAAAGUGUAGCAGAGUUCUCAGUGUGUGGCUUCUUUUCAUUUUGUGUUGAUAUCAUUUGAUUCUGUAUGUUUUGUGUGUGAACUUUUUGGGGAUGCCCAGAAAGUCUAGUACAGACUAUGAAUAACCAGUGUACCUGUUUUAAAAGGUGCAAGAUAAUGUCAGCUACCUAAUGUUUCAUAAACAGAAGUUCUCAGGUUGAAUUGAAUAUGUUUUAAAAAGAAAAGCCAGCCACAACCCCCCCCCCCGCCCCCUAAGAAUUAGACAUUCCAAAAAAUGUGCUUUGGUACUUUUAAAAACAGAACUUUUAAUCAUGUUAACUCAGCAAACUGUGUGUGCGUAUGUGUGUGACUGUGCAGUAACUUGUCUUUAGUGGCAAUUUGCUGUUUUUUGUUAAGAAAUGGUACUUGCUGGAUCAACACUGGUUUCUUCUCUCACCGUUUUCCUAUCCUCAACUUUUUCCAUGUAACUCCUUUCUUGCCCUAUAUUUUGUAUUCGUGGCUUAAAGAUGGUGGUGGUUGCAUUUUUGCUUUCUCUUUUUGCCUUGCCCGUAAUCCUAAUUUGCGAAAUAGUUCCAGGUUCUUAUUUUUAUGCAGUCAGGUUAAAGCAAAACAAAAACAGAUUAGCUCUCAUGGAAUCAUUAUGAUAUCAGCAGAAUUCUCCACUGUGGUGAUUAGUAUAGCAGGGAUUUGAUUUCUUUUUGUAAAGAAGCAGGUUAGAUGCACCAGAAGGAAACUCAGUGUCCACAGAAGCCUUGUGGUUUAGUGCAUUUCUGCUCUGAUCUGAUAGGUAUGAGGCUAAAAAAAAACCCACCCCUUUAUUAGAGGUUUCUAUUGGAUCAGAUCAGGUCGCUUAGUAAGAGAGGCCAGAAUUCAAAGUUUACUCAGUGUUGUUGAUAAAUACUGCGGCUCUGUUACUAGGAAAACUAAGGGAAAAGAGAUGGUCUUUCUAGCAAAAGAAAAAUAAGUUUUUUUUUUUGUUCUGUUUUUGUGUGAAAAGGAAGCUUAACGUGUCAUGGACCAUAUUUUCUAAAAUCUUGUAUGCUUUAUUGUAUAUUUUAAAUGUAGUUGAAAUCUUUACCAUAGAACCAGGGUACUUACAAAAAUUGGAGCAAAAUAUGUAAUUGAAAUACUGUAUAGCCAAGCACUAGCAGGGUACCGCUAAUGCUGAAGUUGCUGGACACGAUUAAUGAGGGUGGGGAGCGUUCUCUACAUAAAUGCCACUGAAGUGAAUAGUUGCACAAGGUUAUGGAUGUGUUUUUGGAUAGUUCCUCUUCACUUUGGCGGCUCCAGUAGAUUUGCAUGCAAUAAUGAGAGCAAAGCAAUUUGUGUCGGCUCACAAAGAGUGUGCUGGAUGCAUUAUAAAUCUAAACAAGAAAAGCACAACUUUCCCUUGUUGUUUUGGUGGUGGUCCACAAAUUUGGCUAAAACAGUGUUUUGUAAACUUUUUUAAUAUGGACCCUCCUUCCAAACUUAAACUGUCUUCUUACCACCACCACCCUGAAACCCAGCAACAAUAAUCUGUUCCAGAGGUAAGCAUAUGGAAAUCCUUGCAUUUGCUCAUGUGUGUGCAAUGUGCAGAGGCUUGUGGUUUGGGCUACUAAGCCCAACACUGGGCAUUAAAAGGAGAAGCGAGCAGGAGGUCUCAAAUACCCUCUUAAAACCGUGCAAGGGAAUCAUAAAAAAGUGGUUGUUUCUUGUGAUAAAGCAGUGAGAGUGCAAUAAUCUCUAAAUCUAACAUGGAUCAAUGUGGAUCCUCUGACAGGGAGCAUUCAGUCCUUCCGCAUCUUGACUGGGGUGGAGAUGGGAGGAAGAUGCCACCUGAUUCAGGAUUCAUCCCUUCCUUUCUCUAGGUGCCCUCCCAUCCCACAGUUUAUGAACCAUUGGGCUGGGUUGGAGGGGUUGUUAUCCAUUAUUGACACAAACAAAAGCAGCAGUGAUACCUCCACGCCAAGAAGCGAGCAAGGCCUGCAUAGGUCCAGGAUGGUAAUUCUAGAACAGCCUUAUGUUACGCACUACAGCAUUAUGUCAGUUGAUAAAGGCAAUAGGCAAUUUGUAAAAAUUCUCAUUUUGAUGAAAUACUACUUCCAAGGAACUAAGCUCCAGAUGAUCAUUUUCGUCUUCACUUUUGCUUCCAGGUAUUUGGUUCCAGAGAUUCUAUCCAUCUGCCUGCAAAUCUAGCACCAGGGAUUUUGAAAGCAGAUUUUAAAGGCCAGGAAGGGCUUUAGGAACUGGCUUAAGCCCUGUGCAGACAUUCAUUGUAUUCAAGGAAGGGAAACCAUGAUUGCUCUGGCUGGCCCUGUCCGUCUGCACAUCCAGCAUCUGCAUGUUGGAGGAGCCACCACACAUCUCUCCCAGUGCACGUUUGCUCCAAUCAGUCGAUGCAUGUACUGCAGACUUGCAGUGCCUCCAUGCACUGAGCCCCUGAACACACACUGUGAUCGGUUUGCGGCCAUCUGGUACAAUCACAAUCUGCAGAUGUACACCUACAGUGAAUGUCUGCAUAGGACUUCAGUUCCCAUAUUGUUGGCUGUAGAAUUUUUCUUCAUUAGAGAAACAUAUAUUAGUUGAGUGCUAACAGCAGCAUCAUGGGAGAAAUGGCCCCUUUAGAGGUAUUGGGGUCACAAGAGGAAAGGAUGUGGGUUGCCAUCUAAAUGAGUGGUCCCUGCUGGCUCGCUGUGCAUAACUUUCUGUUGCCACCAAUGUACAAGUAGCCUAGAUCAGGGUUGGAAAACUCCCAAGCAUCUGGUCAACUAGGCUUCUCGAUGCUGAUGCCUCAGCCCUGGCCUAGGCAAAACCUUGGCACCCUCGCCCCAUAACCUUGCAGCCUGCUGUUGGCCCUCCUGCCUAGCCUGAUAUACUUGUUGAGCAUGUGACAUCUUUUUAUGGCAGCAACAACCAGCCAAUCUUUGGGUGUCCCUGAGUUUUCACUCCCCUUUGCCCAUCUGAAUGACCCCUUAGCUCUUUGAGUAUUGACCGCUGCUGGUCGCUUCCCUUCACCUUACAGCUGGUCUACCUCUUGCUGCGGCUGCUUCUACUACUGCUAUUUGGAACCUUUGUUACCAUGUCUUGUAGGAUCAGCUCCUCCAUUCUUCCUUCAUCAUUGCUGUUACUUAGCAGCAGCAGGCAGUGCCCUAAAAGAUGGUGAAGAAAAAAAGCCUCCGCACUGUUCUUCAAAGAGGCCGCCCUUCUCGGGCACACCAAUGCUAAGGCCAGCACUGCUUCGAUCAUUUUUAUUUUAUUUUUUUAGAAUUUACUCAGUGCAAAUUCCACUGUGCCCUAUUUUUACCUGAGCUAAGUAUCUGCCUAGUUCAUUUGAAAUACUAGAUAAAAAUCCAUGCUUUCUUUAUAGUAUAGUUCUGUUAAGACUAACAGGAAUGAUCUAUUUGUAUCCUGGCUUGAAUUUAUUAGGCAGGGUUCAUUAUUUCAAUACUUCAUUAUUCUGCAGUAAGUUGGGUUGUUUUUUUUAAAUCUGCAAGUAAAACUCUAGGAAAAGUUUCUAGUUCACACAAAGCACUUUAUCAUGAACAGCACAUGCUUUGGUUUCUUCUCUUCCAUCUAAGCCUAGUACUAUAAUUUGGUUGCUGUUUCAAUGGGAUGUUUCUGUUAAUCUUUAUUACUUUCUGCUUUUUUUCUCUCCUUCUUGCUGUUAUUCCUGAGCCCCAAAGAUCUUUUCCUAGAUGGACAAAACAAACAAC